AUGAGGCGUAGACUGCAGCUGAGACGUAGACUGCGGCUGAGGCGUAGACUGCAGCAAAGGCGUAGGCUGCAGUUGAGGCGCAGACUGCAGACAAUGUGUAGACUGCAGCUGAGGCGUAGACUGCGGCUGAGGCGUAGACUGUGGCUGAGGCAUAGACUGAAACUGAGGCAUAGACUGCAGCUGAGACGUAGAGUGCAGCCAAGGCGUAGACUGCGACUGAAGCGUAGACUGCAACUGAGGCGUAAACUGCAGCUGAGGCGUGGAGUGCAGCCAAGGCGUAGACUGCAGCUGAGGCGUAGACUGCAGCUGAGGCGUAGACUGCGGCUGAGGUGUAGACUGCGGCAAAAGCGUAGACUUCGGCUGAAGCGUAGACUGCAGCUGAGGCUUAGACCGCACCUGAGACGUAGACUGAGGCUGAGGCACAGACUGCAGAUGAGGUGUAGUCUGCGGCUGAGGCAUAGACUGCAACUGAGGCGUAGACUGCAGCUGAGGCGUGGAGUGCAGCCAAGGCGUAGACUGCAGCUUAGGCAUAGACUGCGGCUGAAGCAUAGACUGCGGCUUGUACGUAGACUGCAGCUGAGGCGUCGACUGCGACUUAGGCGUAGACUGCACCUGAGUCGUAGACUGCACCUGAGUCGUAGACUGCAGCUGAAGCGCAGACUGCGGUUGAAGCGUAGACUGCGGCUGAAGCGUAGACUGCAGCCAAUGCAUAGACUGCAUAUGAGGUGUAGACUGCAGCUGAGGCGUAGACUGCAGCUGAGGCGUAGACUGCGGCUGAGGCGCAGACAGCAGCUGAGGCGUAGACUGCAGCUGAGGCGUAGACUGCGGCUGAGGCGCAAACUUCAUCUGAGGUGUAGACUGCGGCUGAGGCAUAGACUGAAGCUGAGGCACAGACUGCGACUGAGGCGCACACUGCGGCUGCAGCGUAGACUGCAGCCAAGGCGUAAACUGCAUAUGAGGGUGUAG